AAAUGGCUUUUGGGCAAGACCCAAAAACCUCUUACCAGGUAGAAGCCGGAAAGAAAAUUGCCAAGAGGUACAGCGGACAACCUCUUAUGGUGAAGAUGGUAGCAAGCAUUUUACGUACAGAAAAUUCAGAAGCAGAUUGGCGAUUUUUCUAUGAGAAUAAAUUUCCAACCGAAAGAAUUAUAAAGCUGUGUUAUGAACAUCUCCCUUCACCUUUAAAACAUUGUUUGGCUUACUGUAGCUUAUUUCCGAACUAUCACGAGUAUGAUGUCGAAACAAUAAUAAAAAUGUGGAUGGCGCAAGGCUUUGUUGAGCCACUGACUCCAGAUCAAUCUCUAGAGGAGGCUGGUUAUGACUAUGUUUUGGAUUUACUUGAAAGAGGCUUCUUCCAAGUGUCUGAAAUAGACGUGAGGGAGCGGGUGAUAAAAUUUCAUAUGCAUCAUGAAUUGGUGCAUCGUCUUGCAAAGGUGGUUGCAGAAGGCUCUUGCACAAAGUUAAGGUCUCAUAAUCAUGUAUAUGGAAGAACCAUUCACGUGUCACUUGAUCAUAAAGACUGCGAUUCAACCCUUUUCGAACGAAUUCUUGUGGAGAAUAUACGAUCGAUCGUUUUUCCAUUUCAGUCACUGCGUCAACAAGACAGCGCUAGCAUACAAGGUGAUCAAAUUUUUGAUAUUAUAAUUUCUAGAUUUAUAAAGUUACGGACGCUAGAUUUGCAUGCUAUGGGGAUAAAUGCAGUGCCAUCCUCUAUUAAAAAGUUGAAGCUUUUGAAGUAUCUUGAUCUUUCUCAAAGUGAGGAUAUUAGAGAACUGCCUAACUCAAUCACCAAGCUUCUACACUUGCAAACUUUGAAACUCUCAUCAUGUUACGGCCUUAAGAAGUUGCCGAAAGGCUUUAAAAAUCUGAUCAAUCUUCGCCAUCUUGAGAUCGAUGGGUGCUACAAUUUGACUACUCUUCCCCGAGGCAUCAGUCAACUACCUAAUCUUCAAAUGUUAUCACAGCUUGUAGUAACUGAAGACACCUCUCCAAAUAUUGGACUGAAUAAGUGGAGAAAAGAGCUUCACAUAAAAAAUUUGGGACAUGAAAAUUUUGAUUUGAAUAAAUUUGUUAAUGUAGUAUCAGAAGUCCAAUCCUUGAUGUUAGAAUGGGAAAGUAAUGUGCGAGAGUCUGAUGAGCAUAAAAAGCCACUGAACAGUGACUUGUUAUCAGCUCUUGAAGAGUUGACUCUACGAGCUUAUAAGGGCAAAAGGUUAUUUUCUCACAACUGUCCAAGCAAUUUGGUCAAGCUUUCAUUAAGGAAAUGCGCAAAUUGCCAAAUCCUACCACCACUCCACCAGUUGCCGAAUCUUAAGGUAUUGGUAUUGGACGAACUUCCCAAAUUGGAAUACAUUUCGGACAAUGCUUCUUCACUAGGCACACCCUUCUUUCCUUCACUGAAGGAACUCUGGCUCACAGAAUUACCUAUGUUACAGAGAUGGUGGAGAAAUGAAGAACCGCCUUCAUUUUAUUGGCAGACAAAUGAGGUCGAUUUCGAUGAAUGGCUUUCAUUUGAUCUGCAGAUAAAUGAUGUCAAUUUUGACGAGUCACCUUCAUUUGAUCAGCAGACGAAUGGCGAGGACGAUUUUGAUGAGUGGCCAGCUUCAUUUGGUCUGGUGAUAAAUGACGACGUCGACUUUGAUGAAUGGCUUUCAUUUGAUCGGCAGAUACGUGAUGUCAAUGUCGAUUUUGAUGAGUGGCCGAUAAAUGACAUUGAUUUUGACGAGUUGCCGAAGCUGAAGAGAUGGUGGAGAAAAGAAGUUGAUAUUCAUCCAUUGCCUUCAUUUCCUUGUCUUUCGAAAUUAGUUGUUGAGGAUUGCCCCACUUUGGUUUCCAUGCCUAUGUUCCCGACUCUGGAAGAAGGCCUAGCUCUUGACUCAACUUGCUGGAAGCCAUUUCAACACACCAUGUUCCAGGACACAGUAGGCAAUAAAGACACACAAGAAUCACCAUCACAAUCACCAUCUCUUCCUCUCUCCAAAUUGAAGGCUCUACGAAUUGUAGGCAUUGAACACUUCAAAGCUGAUGAAAUUGAGUGGCAAAAUCUAAAAAGCUUACAAUUCCUGAGAUUCGAUUGUCUUCCAAACCUGGUGAGUCUUCCUGAGUGGCUUCAACAUGUACUCAGCUUGCAAGAACUCCAUCUCUGGCGUUGUGGUACUGAGGAGAUUCCUGAAUGGAUAGGUGAACUCCAAAAUCUUAGCAAACUUGUGAUUUUUGUAUGCCCUCAUUUGAAAUCGCUACCAAAAGCAAUUCGUAAGCUUCAAUUUCUAGAGACACUUGAGAUUGAGGAGUGCAACGAUUUAUUAAUGAGAUGCAAAAAGGACAUCGGUGCAGAUUGGAAGAAGAUUCGUUUCAUAAAAAAUCUGCAUUUGGGUCAGAUUUAUGAGAAAUGAUCCAAUCACUCCCUUAUUUAUCAGAAAAUUUGAAGGAAAAAAUCAGUUUAAAAAAUGGAUCUUAUUGAGAGUAAAGAGGUCAUCAUGACAAAUACACCAGAAUUCAAGGCAGAUGAAGUAGCUAGUUAAGGGCAUAUUGUUUUCUAAUUUUGGUUAUACACCAGGCAGAUGAAGUGUCUAUAAUGGUUUUGCAUUGACAAAUACACCAGAAUUCAAGGACAUCAAAUUUGAUGAUAAAUAUAGUAUCCACCUUUGAUUACAGGCAGUGAGUUGGAGUUGUAGUCUCAAUGCCAAAACAAUAGACUUGGAGCAUUUGGAUGUAAAAUGUCGAUGCAGUACCAGAAAGCUUGAUAACAGCAAGCUAUGGCGCCACAGCUUCAGUCUAGACAGAUUUGAAAUCUGCACUGUUCUGUUUUGGGAGGUAGCUAGUUAAGGGCAUAUUGUUUUCUUUUGUAGGGUGAGAUUUCUUUUGGCUGUAAAAAGAGAAAAACUGAAUGUACAAGUGCAUAAUUUAAUUGCCACAGGAUUUGUUUUCCUGAGAAACUGUGUGUUUGAGAGGUUAUUUCAUUUGUUUUCUGAGUGUUUAAUUAAUUUUGAAUUUUCCUUCUCCAUGUCAAUAAAAGAACUUAACUGGAAGUAGGUAAUUGUUGGACCGAACAAGUAUAAUUUUUUAUUUUAUUUUUUUGUAUCGUAUGCAUGUGCUAUUUCGUUUGAUGUGAUUGCAUUGUAUGCAUGCGAACAGUGUACAGUUCGAGUAUGGAUUAUGUAAGAUUGUGAUAUUACAUUGUGAAAAGCCUAAGUUUUUGCUUAUCUUUCCAAUUUUACAAUAUUCAUCUAGAUUUUAUCUUGAUUUAUACUUGAACA